AGAAAGUCUUUCAACACAGAUCCUCUACAGGGAAAUUUUCAUAGGUAUUUGAAGGAGCUUGACAUCUUCAGACAUACAGCAUAAGAUAUCUUGAUUAUAAGAUUUAAGAUAAGGUUGUGUUGGCAAUACAGCUAUUUCUCUCAGUCUGGGAUUUCCUUCCACUAGACUUGGGAUCCCCUCCCCAACUGCUGGAGAUGACAGUCCCGUGUACUACAUCAUCUGAGUUUGCCUUCGACUCUAUUUGUCGCUCUGGUCUAUCGAAGUCUGCUGAAUAUAGGGCUUUUAUAAAGACAUCUAAGCUUUAGAUCAGUCGCCUGUGGCUGUCUGGGCCGAGAUGUCGUCAAAAAGUGGCGGAAUCGGCGGUCGUCGUAUAAGCCGCCCAGGAGAGGACUUGCACCUCAAGGCGUUGAAUGUCGAGUCCAUGCUUGAACGGAUUGCGCUUUCUCAACGCCGCAACCUUCUGUUCACUGCGUUUACUCAUCGGAUCUACGUCUGGGAACCGGCCGGUACACUGCAAACUCUAGGCUCAGAGCCUCGGAUGAUCAUCACACCAGUGAUGAAGAACCCGGAGAGCAGAGGCUACAUAUCCUCGCGGGCCCCCCAUGCCAUCAACAACAUCCUUGUGGACGAUCUCGGCCGCGAGGAAGUGUUGCUGAUCGUGACAGAUUCUGGAAACGUCUGCGGAUACCAUGUCGAGUCCAUCUUCUCAGCUCUUGAACGCGCAGAGAAAGAAGGUUCCAAGACCCCACUCGACGGUUCGCAGGUAGAUCCCUUUUUCGUGGAGUUCGUCGAAAGAAGCGCCUGGGGAAUCGCAACCCACAAGUUUGCACGGUUGAUUGCAGUCAGCUCCAACACUGCUCACAUCACUGUGUUUGCGUUUGCCUUGGUCGAUCCAACUGCCGAACAUAGCGAGGGUUCCUUGAGCGACUUUGAGAACGAUGGGCAGACAUGGAUUGAAGUCGAUGAUCCUUCUCGUUUCAUUCAGCUGCGCCGCGUGGGAUUUCUUAAGAAUCGCUCGCAUAAUAUCAAGCUCACGUAUACUGGCCAUUCUACAAACAUUCCUUCUGUCUCCUUCUUGAACUCAGACAUUGAUCCCAAUGGAAACUGGAUGGUUAGUACCGACAUUGACAAUAAGAUGUUUGUUUGGAAGAUCUGGGAAAGUCUGUCACCAUUCAACGAAUAUGACUUUGAGGGAGAGGAUUAUAUCCCCGGUCUUUUUGACGGUACAAGCCGUGGCUGGUCAGUCCUUGCACUGGAUCCUCGUGCAUUUCGUAUGCACGACUCGAUCACUGAGGCAUGUGGUGGUGCACCGCGAUACCAUCGACAGGUCGACGGAGCGAUUCUUGACCUGUCGGCCUUGACCUGUUAUGUUCCCAAGGCUUCAAACUACCUUUAUGACGAUUCUGACCAGUCCGAUGAACCUGAGGAAUCAGGGUCAGACGAGACAUCUCUGCCAAAUAUUUUCGAUUCUGAUUGCCUGCUUGAUGGGCACCUAGGCCCUGCUUCGAAGACUCUUGCAAUUGAUGAUGAAAAUGAAGAAGCGCAAUCGCUUCAAUCUAACGUGGAUGAACUCCCUCGCCCUAUGGAUACUGACCCUCAGGUUUCCGCAGAUACUUCUUCGCGGAGAGUAGUAUUCACAGAAACUAUGUCAGUAGAUGAUCUUGAUUCUGACGGUGAUACUUAUAGCAACACUGUGAAUACCCAGGAAAUUCCCGUUCAGGUCGCUAGUACUGCUGGAAACGAGGACGACGAUGGCGGCGACGACGAAAUCCCUGAGACAAUCCCGCAAGGCUCACACGUAGACAGCAGGUUCCUCCAUGCUGCACUAUUUCCAUUCGUUCGUGCCGGCAUCCUUGAUAUCGAGGAAGACGCUGCAGAUGAGAAUCCUGAUUCCCAGGCCGCUGUUGCCGGUGCUGUCGCCGGAACCAACCCGUUGCGGACGAGUCGGAUCGCAUAUGAGUCCUUUGAGCCUUCCACAUGCUUCAGUUUUCCCAUCCUUCAUUUUACCCAGACGGACAUCCGGCUUUUCGCUUCCCCCUACGCCGCCCUGCCUUCUGCUAUCUGUCGCGAGCCUCUCCAGCAGGAUAUGAGAUAUGUCCCACCUAUUAUGAUCCACGACUGCGAUCGCUUCAACAUGGUAAAGUAUGUCCCUGAACACAGCGUCGUCGUCGCAGCCUCGCAGAAAGGGCGCGUCGCGGUGAUCUCGCUGACAGGGACAAUCAACGGGGAUGGUAAGACGAAGCAGCUUGCUUUCAGGGUGGACUGGAUCGUCCCCUUCCAGAGCCAGGAGAAACAAGGUGACCGCCCCCUGGUCCCCAUCCUAGGCAUGGCCGUGAGCCCCAUGCAGGGAUUCGAGAUACCCCCCGACGUACCUGCCAUCCCGCAGGGGGCCGUCCAAGGUGAUGACCUCUCUUUCCACUAUCAGCCCCUGGAGCAAGAUCGUGGUGAGGAUGAUUCUGUCAGAGAAGGAAACGACGACGACAACAAUGGCGAUAGAAUGGCGUCAACCACCACGGACGCCCGUCAUCCCGACGAUCUCGAAUACGUGCCGCGUGAAUAUCAAACUCGCCUCACGCUCGCCGAAUCGCACGCUCGGGCUUCGCGCGCCUAUCGACCGGACGAGAGUUGGCGAGGCUGGACCCGUUCUCGCCAUUACCGCCUGCUGCUUCUGUAUGCCGAUCAUGCCGUGAUGACCUACGAGUUCUGGUACGAAUGGAGCGCGGGGGCCUCUGGCGCCGCUCUGGAUGAGGAGGAGGGCGUUCUGAUGAUCUAGCUAGGCUGGCCUUGGGCUCAAUUUGCGGUACUAGAUCAUGGCAUAAAGAUAAUACACGGCGGUUAUGGUUGACCUGAACAUGGUUAACUAGUACCGAGCAGCUUGGCUGGGAUGCGGUG